AAAAAAACAUGUUUGGUUGAUUCAUAAUCGGCCGCAAGGAUGAGGAUUGAGGCCGAGGGCAGUACUUGCUCAGUCAGCCAUGUAUUCAUAUCUGCGCACAAUAUAAUGUAGACCCCGAUCGAGCAACAUUUAAAUUUUGGGUAGUUUGGUUCCCACUGCUUCUCACCGCCGCACCUGUGCAAGGAUUUCACUGUCAACGAGACGAGUGGACUCGCAGUUAUGUCUGAGGCCCCAGUAAAGGACGAUGCUGUCGUACCGCACCCCGACGUACUUCCCUAUGGACGAACGAACCCAAUCACUGGUCCACCUUUCGAUCUCUACGAAAAUGAAUACGUCGACCCGGUAUACCAUGCGAAAGCUCAAAUCUUGAAUCGUUCGAUUCAGGACAUUGGAAUGGGCAAGUACCAGUGGGGUCUGUUUGUGGUUGCCGGUUUCGGGUGGUUUGCUGACAGUGCCUGGCCUGUGAGUUUCAUAGGGCUGAAUCAGAUAGUGCAACCCACUGAAUCAUCAGUCAAUCAGUCAAUGAGCGGACUUAUACUGACGCCCGCGGUGAACGAAUUCCAGUUCAACGGUCCUUUCCUGUCUUUGGCGUCAAAUAUCGGGCUGUUCUUUGGCGGUCUCAUCUGGGGGCUCGGGUGCGAUAUCUGGGGAAGGAGAUGGUCGUUCAACUUGACGCUACUCAUUGCGGGCAUAUUUGGUGUAGUUGCUGGAGGAUCACCUAGCUUCGUUGCUCUCGCAGUUUUCAUGUCAUUCGUCAGCAUUGGAGUCGGCGGUAACAUGCCCGUUGACGCCGCCGUAUUCUUGGACUUCGUCCCAGGCUCACAUCAAUAUUUGUUAACCAUCCUUUCCAUCUGGUGGUGCCUCGGACAGCUUCUGGCAAGUCUUAUCGCAUGGCCUCUUAUUGCAGGUUACAGCUGCUCUUCGUCCGCUGAUUGUGAUAGAUCUGAUAACAUGGGCUGGCGUUAUCUCUUGUUCGUCCUGGGUGGACUGACCCUUUUCCUCUGGGGUAUCCGGUUUUUCGUGUUCAACUUGCUAGAGAGUCCGCGAUUCCUCUCUGGUAUCGGGAAGGACGCGGAAGCUGUGGAUGUCAUCCGCAAUCUUGCUGAAUGUAAUGGAAAGCCAAACCCACUUACCGUCGAGGAACUUGAAGCCCCAGGCAAGAUCCGUGGGCGUGACGUUUUUGGUUCUACUGGUAGGCGCAGAAUCCUCAGCGAAGGCUCGGGCUUCGCCAUAGAUCAUAUCAGGGCCUUGUUUUCCACACCUAAGAUGGCGUGGUCGACCAGUCUGUUAAUUGUGGUGUGGGGUGUCAUCGGUCUUGCAUCUACCCUGUACAAUAACUUCCUGCCAUACAUCCUCACCACUCGCGGUGUCACAUUUGGAGAUGGCUCGCUCUACAUCACGUAUCGUAAUCAGGUGAUCCUUAGCGCCGUCGGUAUUCCUGCAGCCCUCCUCGCUGGUUGGGCCGUGGAGGUCCCCUACGUCGGGCGCAAGGGUACCCUUGCGAUCGCUGCAGGGCUAACUGGCACCUUCCUCUUCGCGAGUACCACAUCCCGGACGUCAAACGAGCUUCUGGGAUGGAAUUGCGGUUACGCGUUGUUCAGUAAUAUUAUGUAUGGCGUACUGUAUGCGAUUUCAUCUGAGAUCUUCCCCGCCAUACACCGUGGGACAGGGAAUUGCUUGACCUCCACCGCUAAAGGCGUAUUUGGGAUUAUGGCCCCCAUUAUCGCGUUGUACGCUAACUUGUCGACAGCCGUACCUGUUUACGUCGCUGGCAGUCUGCUGUUGUUCGCUGGUUUCGUAGUCCUCUUGCUUCCAUAUGAGCCCCGAGGUAAGGUCUCCAUCUAGAAAUCAUGUAGUUAGAAAGGACGGGGGGACCCCAGUGACGGAUGGCCGUAGAAAUAAUAGAUCGGUAGUCGUUUGUAAUCCAUAGACCUCA